GUGUACAUAGCCACAUUUGCAGUUUCGGGGUACGCGUCCAGCUACCACCGAGCGGGAGGAAAGCCCUUCAACCCAGUCCUGGGGGAGACCUACGAGUGUGACCGCCCCGAAAAGAGCCUCCGAUUUGUAGCAGAACAGGUACUAUAUGCAGAUCCACAUGCCCUAUGACCUAAGUAUUUGUUCCAUAUCUGAAUAAUUCAUAGGGUUUGAUCCAUCAAGUAUAAACCUGCCAUUGUUUAUCUAUGUUCUCAGGUCAGCCAUCACCCACCUAUAUCAGUAUGUCAUGCUGACUCUAAAAACUACAUAUUCUGGCAAGGUAAGUCAACACCAUGGUCCUCUACAAGCUAAUACCCUUUCACCUGACACUCACCCUUUCACCUGACACACACCCUUUCACCUGACACACACCCUUUUCCCCUGACACACACCCUUUCACCUGACACACACCCUUUCACCUGACACACACCCUUUCACCUGACACACACCCUUUCACCUGACACACACCCUUUCACCUGACACACACCCUUUCACCUGACACACACCCUUUCACCUGACACACACCCUUUCACCUGACACACACGCUUUCAUCUGACACAUACCCUUUCACCUGACAUACACCCUUUCACCUGACACACACCCUUUCACCUGACAUACACCCUUUCACCUGACACACACCCUUUCACCUGACACACACCCUUUCACCUGACAUACACCCUUUCACCUGACAUACACCCUUUCACCUGACAUACACCCUUUCACCUGACACACACCCUUUUACCUGACAUACACCCUUUCACCUGACAUACACCCUUUCACCUGAAACACACCCUUUCACCUGACAUACACCCUUUCACCUGACACACACCCUUUCACCUGACACACACCCUUUCACCUGACACACCCUUUCACCUGACACACACCCUUUCACCUGACACACACCCUUUCAUCAGACACAGACACUGGGAUUAUAACUAGGGGCAGGAGGUUUUUCUGACCACGCGAAAACACUCCUGGCCCUAACCAUACCAGUUAUUACAACUAGUCUAAAGCUGGAGGUCCUGGCCCUAACCAUACCAGUUAUUACAACUAGUCUAAAGCUGGAGGCCCUGGCCCUAACCCAUACCAGUUAUUACAACUAGUCUAAAGCUGGAGGUCUGGCCCUAACCAUACCAGUUAUUACAACUAGUCUAAAGCUGGAGGUCCUGGCCCUAACCAUACCAGUUAUUACAACUAGUCUAAAGCUGGAGGUCCUGGCCCUAACCAUACCAGUUAUUACAACUAGUCUAAAGCUGGAGGCCCUGGCCCUAACCAUACCAGUUAUUACAACUAGUCUAAAGCUGGAGGUCCUGGCCCUAACCAUACCAGUUAUUACAAACUAGUCUAAAGCUGGAGGCCCUGGCCCUAACCAUACCAGUUAUUACAACUAGUCUAAAGCUGGAGGUCCUGGCCCUAACCAUACCAGUUAUUACAAACUAGUCUAAAGCUGGAGGUCCUGGCCCUAACCAUACCAGUUAUUACAACUAGUCUAAAGCUGGAGGUCAUGGCCCCUAACCAUACCAGUUAUUACAACUAGUCUAAAGCUGGAGGCCCUGGCCCUAACCAUACCAGUUAUUACAACUAGUCUAAAGCUGGAGGUCCUGGCCCUAACCAUACCAGUUAUUACAACUAGUCUAAAGCUGGAGGUCCUGGCCCUAACCAUACCAGUUAUUACAACUAGUCUAAAGCUGGAGGUCCUGGCCCUAACCAUACCAGUUAUUACAACUAGUCUAAAGCUGGAGGUCAUGGCCCUAACCAUACCAGUUAUUACAACUAGUCUAAAGCUGGAGGCCCUGGCCCUAACCAUACCAGUUAUUACAACUAGUCUAAAGCUGGAGGUCCUGGCCCUAACCAUACCAGUUAUUACAACUAGUCUAAAGCUGGAGGCCCUGGCCCUAACCAUACCAGUUAUUACAACUAGUCUAAAGCUGGAGGUCCUGGCCCUAACCAUACCAGUUAUUACAACUAGUCUAAAGCUGGAGGUCCUGGCCCUAACCAUACCAGUUAUUACAACUAGUCUAAAGCUGGAGGCCAGUCCUCUUGGAUGCACUAACCCUGCUGUUGUCUUUCCUGUAAUGUCUUUAGACAUGAGGUGGAAAAACAAGUUCUGGGGGAAGUCUAUGGAGAUAGUUCCUGUUGGCACCACCCAUGUGAUUCUGCCAGGGUGAGUCCUUUACUGUCAGUCUCACUCGCACUCUACCAGACCACACUUACUGACCAAGUAGUCACUACAUCCAUGGUCAAACCAGUACGGCAAUGUUCAGAUAUCACUCAAAUAGGCUGAUAGACUGAUAAUAGACUGUUAGACUGAUAAUAGACUGUUAGACUGAUAAUAGACUGUUAGAAUGAUAAUAGACUGUUAGACUGAUAAUAGACUGUUAGACUGAUAAUAGACUGUUAGACUGAUAAUAGACUGUUAGACUGAUAAUAGACUGUUAGACUGAUAAUAGACUGUUAGACUGAUAAUAGACUGUUAGAAUGAUAAUAGACUGUUAGACUGAUAAUAGACUGUUAGACUGAUAAUAGACUGUUAGAAUGAUAAUAGACUGUUAGACUGAUAAUAGACUGUUAGACUGAUAAUAGACUGUUAGACUGAUAAUAGACUGUUAGACUGAUAAUAGACUGUUAGACUGAUAAUAGACUGAUAGACUGAUAAUAGACUGUUAGACUGAUAAUAGACUGUUAGACUGAUAAUAGACUGUUAGACUGAUAAUAGACUGUUAGACUGAUAAUAGACUGUUAGACUGAUAAUAUACUGAUAGACUGAUAAUAGACUGUUAGACUGAUAAUAGACUGUUAGACUGAUAAUAGACUGUUAGACUGAUAAUAGACUGUUAGACUGAUAAUAGACUGUUAGACUGAUAAUAGACUGUUAGAAUGAUAAUAGACUGUUAGACUGAUAAUAGACUGUUAGACUGAUAAUAGACUGUUAGACUGAUAAUAGACUGUUAGACUGAUAAUAGACUGUUAGACUGAUUUAAUUCUAUUAAAGGUACUUUUGUGUUUUAUACACUGACCUGCCUCUUUUCACAUGCUUACACAUGUGCACACACACACACACACACACACACAACACACACAAAACAAACACACAAAACACACAAACCAAAACACACACAAACACACAAAACACACGAAAAACAAACAAAACAAACACAACACACAAACACACAACACAAAACACACAAAACAACAAACACACAACAACAACACACACACACAAAACAAAACACAAAACAAACAACACACAAAACAAACAAAACACACACAACACAAAAAAAAACAAAAACAACAAAACAAACACACACAACACAACAAAACACAAAACACAAGCACACACAACACAACACACACACAAAACACAAAAAACAAAAAAACAACACAACAACACAACACAAAACAAACAACACACACACACAACAAACAACACACAACACAACACAAAACACACAACACACACAACACAACAAAAACACAACACACAACACACACACAAGAACACCACAAAAAACACAACAACACCACAAACAACAACACACACAAACCAAACAACACACACACACACACACAACACAACACACAACACAACACACACAUACAAAAAACACACACACCACACACACACACAACCACACACCACACACAAACACACAAAACACACAUCACCCCAACCCCCACAACCACAACACAUGCACCAAUCUGACUCCGCUCCUGCAGGUGGGACCACUUGGAACAGGAAAUCUGCCCAUCUAGCGGAUACGGAGAGUCCCUCAGGACACGCAGUGAUAUCUGCCAGUGUAAGAUCACCUUCAUUAAGUGAGAUGGUGUGUGUGUGUGUGUGUGUGUGUGUGUGGGUUGUGUGUGUGUGGUGUGUGUGUGUGUGGUGGUGUGUGUGUGUGUGUGUGUGUAUUGAAACGGAGGGGAUCGUUACUGUAGCAUCGAUUGGGUUGGAUAAUAGCUUUUUUGGAAAUAUCCCCCCGUUAUUCUUAAAAGGGCCCCUGGGUAACAUAAAAUGCUUUUUUUAAGUAAUGCAAAAUUUUUUAAAACCAAAUUUCAACCCCAAAACAAAACCCAAUCCACCCACCCAAAAACCCCCCACCCCCCCCAAAAAACACCAACCCACACCAAAAAACCAACCCAUUAAAACAAAAUUUUAAAACCCCAAAAACUACCAGAAAAAAACCCCAACUUAAAAACCAAAACCAAAAAAAAACCCCCCCCCCCCACACCCGCCCACCCCCCCCUACCCCCCACCCACCCACGGCCCCCCCCAAAACCCCACCCACCCCGCCCCCCCCCACACGCCCCCCACCCACCCACUUAAAAACCCACCCCCCCCACCCCCCACCCCCCCCAACCCCCCACCCCCCCCCCCCCCCCCACCCCUUUCCCACCCUUUCCCCCUUACUGUCCGGGGCCUCCCCUUUCCCUUUUCCCCACAUUUUCCCUCCCCCCUGUCCUGGCCCUUUUCUCCUGCCGCCGUUUUCCCCGGUCCUCAUGUUUUUUUUGUGUUUUUUGUUGUUGUUUUUUUGUUUUUUUUGUUUGUUUUUUGCCCCCCUUUUUCCUGUUUUUUUUCCGGCCCUUAUGUUUUUUCCCCCCGGGCCCCCUUCUUUUCUUUUCCGCCCUUUUCCGUCCCCCUGCCCGUUUAUGAGCCCCUUUGUUUAGGGUAUUUUUUUUCCCCCCCCUUCCUCUAAUUUCCCGGUCCCUACCCCCCCCCCCUCUGCCUUCCUGUCCCUACUGGUAUUUCCCUCUGCCCCCCCCAUUUGUUCUCUGAGUUUUUCCCCCUUCGAAAGCCCCUCCUGUUCCUUACGAAAUUUUCCCCCCUUUCCGUCCCUAUGUCCGUCCUCUACUUCCUGUCCUCCUGUCCUUCCUCCCCCCCCUUCCCCCACUGCCCUCUUCCGUCCUUUUUCCCCUGUCCCCCUUCCCUUCCCUCUACUUUCUUCCUCUCCGCCCUUUUCCUCUAGAUGCCCUUUUCUGUCCUCCCCUUCGGUUCUAACCCUUUCCCUCCUGCCCCUUUUCUGUUCCUUCCUCUACCCCCCCUUUUCCCCUUCCUUUCCCUUCCCUGUCCUUUCCCUGUCCUUUUUUCCCCUUUUUUCCUUCCUCUUCUGUUUUUUUUCCCCUCUCUUCCUUUUCUUCUUUUCCUUCCUUUUUUUUUUUUUGGGGCCUUUCCCAAAUUUUUUCCCCCUUCCCCCCCUUUCCUUUUUUCCUUCCUUUAAACUUCCUGCCCUACUUUCCCUUCCCUCUUUUUUUUUCCUCUACGUCCUGCCCCUACGGGCCCCCCUUUACUGUCCUUUCCUCCUUCCCUCCCCCUGUCUUCUUCUUUCCUUUUCUUUCUUUUCCUUUCCCUACUUCCUUCCUUACGUCCUUUCCCCAUUGCCCUGUCCUUUACUGUCCUGUCCUGUCCUCAUGCCCUUUUGGCCCUUCCUGUCCCUUCCUCUCGUCUGUCCUCUCUGUCUCUUUUCCCUUCCUCCUUACUGUUUCCUUUGUCCUUCUUUGUCUUUUUGUCUGUCCUCUACUGUGUCCUCUAUUUUUUCCUGUCCUCUACGCCCCUUCCUCACUGUCGGGGUUCCCUCCCCUUUUUCCCCCGUCCUGCCCUUUCCCCCUCCUUCUUUUCCCCAAGCCUGCCCUCUACGUAUGCCCUCUCUGUCCUGUCCUUACUUCCUGUCCUCCCCAGUCCUUCCUCUUUCUGUCCUUUUUUCCCCAGCCCCCUUUUCCCCUUUUCCUCCUUCCUUUCCCCUUCCUGUCCCCCUUGUCCCACUUUCUUUUCCCCUUCCCCCCCCUAUGUUUUUCCCCUUAUUCCGGGUCCUCUAUGCCCCUGUCCUUUCCCUUCCCUAGUCCGCCCUCUACGUCUUCCUUCCUCCCCCCUAUCCUUCCUCUACGCCCGUCCUCAUUGCCCUGCCCUUUAUGACGGUUUUUUAUUUUUCCCCCUGUCCCCCCCUUUUUCCUUUUUUUCCCUUCCUCCCCCCCUUUUUUUCCCUUUUCUUUUUCCUUUUUUCCCUUUUUCCUCUUUCCGUCCCCCCUUUUCUUUUUUUUCCUUUCCUUCCUUUUUUCCCCCUUGCCCUGUUUUUUGUCGUCCUCUACUUACGUCCUCACCCUUUUUGUCCUCUCCCCCUUUUCCCCCCUCCCCGACUUUCUUCCCUCCUUUUUUGUUCCUUACGUUUUCCCCUUCUUCCUUCUUUGCCCCCUUUUUCCCCGUCUCCUUUUUCCCUACUGUCCUUUCCCUUAUGUCCUUCCUUCGUCCUCCCCCCUCCCCUGUCCUUUCCGCCUCCCCCCCGUCCCUACUGUCCUGUCCUCUACGCCCCUUUCCUUCUGUUUUUUCCCUGUCCUGUCCUCUCCCCCCCUUUGUCCCUCGUCCGCCCUUUUCCCCCCCGCCCCCCCUUUUUGUCCUUUCCGGGGCCCCCCCUUUUUGGGGUUUUUUUUGCCCCCAAAACUUUCCCCCCCCCUUUUAAAAAAACCUUUCCCCUUUAAACCUUUCCCGUCCUUAAAACGGGGUUUUCCAAAAAAAAACUUCGCCCUUCCCCCCCUGUCCUGUCCUCUCUUCCGUCCCCCGGGCCCCUUUUUUUUUACUCCUGCCCUUUCCUCCGCCCUGCCCCCAAAAAAACUCGUCGUCCCAUUUUCCCCCAUCCCCUUCCUGUCCUGUCCCCUUCCUCCCCCUUUCCCUAUUUUAAACCUUUCCCAGGGUUUUUUUUUCCCCCCUUUCCCAUUCUGUCCCCCCCCCUUCCUGCCUCUUCCCUUCUCCUUUUUCCCCCCCUUUUUCCUUUUUCCCCCCCCCUUCCUGCCCGUCCUCUACUGUCGCCCUCAUGUCCGUCCUCUACGUCCUUUCCUGCCUUUUUUUUCCCCCUUUUUCCCCUUGAAUAUGGUUAAAAAAAAAAACAAAUCUUCCCCUCCCCAGCCCAAGUCAAAACCAAAAAAAAAAUUAAAAUUUAGAAAUUUGGGCAUUCCCAAAGGGCACCAAUUCCCUUAAUUUAAAAAAAGGGGUUUCCCAAAAAGGGGUUCUUAAAUUUCCCAUGGGAUAAUUUUUUGGUUCCUUUGGCCCUUUUAUUUUCCCUGUAGAAAUCUGUUAAAGGGUUCUACGUGGAACCCAAAAUAGUCGUACCUGCAACCAAAAGGGUUCUACCUGCAACCUAAAAGGGUUCUUCAAAGGGUUCUCCUACGGGGACAGAAGAAGGACCCUUUAUGGUUCUAGAUACCACUGCAAUACUUUUAGCCAGGGCUUGAUAUUCAAUAAGAAUGUUAUGCAUUGCUUCCUGUGUACAGGCCAAGUACUGGAACUCAAGUGUGAAUGAGGUGGAAGGCACCAUCACAGACCACAAGGGGAAGGUCAUCCACAGACUGUUUGGGAAGUGGAACGAGGGGGUGUACUGUGGAGACCCACCCUCCGCCACCUGCAUCUGGAGAGCAAGUAUGUACAGUACAAUCCUAAUAAUAGACUGAACCUAUUAUACUGAGCCAGCGUCUUGACCUAAACACGCUAUAGAUCAGUGCUUUAAAUGUUUAGCCCAUGUACACAUCAGUUGGAAUUAUCCAUACUUUUCUUAUCCAUACAGUUUCUUUUUAAAUGUAUCUCCAUAUCUUUAUUUCUACCAGUAGAUAUUUUAGCAAAAUAUGUGUCUGAAACUAAACAAUGUUAUUAUAUAUAAGUAGCUCUGUACAUCUUUACUUAUGAAGUAUUCCUUAUUACAUUAAAGGCAGCCCUUAGUCCAUAGAAUCAUCUCUCUUGGUUGUAAAAUAGUGUCUCUGGUGUGUGUGCCUGUGCGUUUGCGUGUGUUGGUGUUGUGUGUUGUCAGAUGCCAUGCCGGCUGACCACGAGCAGUACUACGGCUUCACUAAGUUUGCUAUGGAGCUCAAUGAACUGGACCCUUCACUGAAACUACUGCUGCCUCCCACAGACACCCGGCUACGGCUCGACCAGAGGUGAGAGACAGAGAGUGUUACUGUAACACUCCAUUGUCAAAUAGUGUGACAACUCUGUCUGCACUGAGGGACGAGCAUGGCGUAGGAAUGUAGGAAUGUGCGUUAUACAGUUAUGUAUUACUGCGUCACAUGACCAUUGUUACACCAAACACAGUGAUGUAUUACUGAGUCACAUGACCAUUGUUACACCAAACACAGUGAUGUAUUACUGAGUCACAUGACCAUUGUUACACCAAUCACAGUGAUAUAUUACUGCGUCACAUGACCAUUGUUACACCUUACACAGUUGGGUUUGCUUUAUUGUGUAUCCAAAUGAAUCCAAAUGUCCCUCUAUCUCUCUGUGUGUGCCUGUGUGUGUGUGUGUGUGUGUGUGUGUGUGUGUGUGUGUGUGUGUGUGUUGUAUCAGGCUGCUAGAGGAGGGCAACGUAGAGGCAGCAGAGGAACAGAAACAGAAGGUAGAACAGCAGCAGAGAGACAGACGCAGAGUCCUGGAUGAAAACAGCAUGACACAUGAACCCAGAUUCUUCAGGUGAACUCCUAGAGCUGGAUAGAGGGUGAUGCCUAAGCCGUCACAGAAGUGGCCAUUGGAAACACAGGAGAUGAGCUCUCUAGUACAGGGGUUACCAAUCUAGGGGUUGCCAAAGUUUUCCUGGGGGGUCGCGGGACCUUCGAUGAUUUGAGGGGUCUUUUUUAAAUAAUAUAUAGUGUAUUCGUUUAUUUUACAAAUUCGCAAUUGUAUAAACCGAUCUAUAACGACUCAUAACUCCACAAUACUAGAAACAAGUGAUAAACUCCCAGAGGAAGACUCUGAUGCACAUCAAGGAUGAUCAAUGGAAACAGGAUGCACCUGAGCUCAAUUUCGAGUCAUUUAUUCUUAAUAGAUUAGCAAAAAUUUCUACAAACCUGUUUUCGCUUUGUCAUUAUGGGGUAUUGUGUGUAGAUUGAUGAGGGGGGAAAAAUACGUCCAACCGGCCUCACAACCGCAGACCACGUGUAACCAAGCCAGCCCAGGACCUCCAAAUCUGGUUUCUUCAACUUCAGGAUCGGCUGAGGUCAGCUGCCCAGUGAGCUGAUGAAACUGUUGGUUUGCACAACCAAAGAAGUGCUGCACAAACUGUCAGAAACAGUCUCCGGAAAGCUCAUCUGCGUGCUCAUCGUCCACACCAGAGUCUUGACCUGACUGCAGUUCAGCGUCGUAACCGACUUCAGUGGGCAAAUGCUCGAUAGCCACUGGCACACUGGAGAAGUGUGCUCUUCAUAGAUGAAUCCCGGUUUCAACUGUACCGGGCAGAAGGCAGACAUUGUAUAUGGCGUUGUGUGGGCGAGCGGUUUGCUGAUGUCAACUUUGUGAACAGAGUGCCCCAUGGUGGCGGUGGGGUUAAGGUAUGGGCAGGCAUAAGCUGCGGACAACGGACACAAGUGCACCGAGAUACCGUGACAAGAUUCUGAGGCCCAUUGUCGUGCCAUUCAUCCGCCGCCAUCACCUCAUGUUUCAGCGUGGUAAUGCACAGCCCCAUGUCGCAAGGAUCUGUACACAAUUCCUGGAAGCUGAAAAUGUCCCAAUUCUUCCAUGGCCUGCAUACUCACCAGACAUGUCACCCAUUGAGCAUGUUUGGGAUGCUCUGGAUCAACAUGUACGACAGCGUGUUCCAGUUCCCGCCAAUAUCCAGCAACUUCGUACAGACAUUGAAGAGGAGUGGGACAACAUUCCACAGGUCACAAUCAACAGCCUGAUCAACUCUAUGCGAAGGAGAUGUGUCGCGCUGCACGAGGCAAAUGGUGGUCACACCAGAUACUGACUGGUUUUCUGGUCCAUGCCCCUACCUUUCUUUUAAGGUAUCUGUGGCCAACAGAUGCACAUCUGUAUUCACAGUCAUGUGAAAUCCAUAGAUUGGGGCCUAAUUUAUUUCAAUUGACUGAUUUCCUAAUAUGAACUGUAACUCAGUAAAAUCUUUGAAAUUGUUGCAUGUUGUUGUUCAGUGUGAAUAUAUGCAUAUUUUCUCCGUUUUGGCACCAAUUGGUAGAUUUAUAAAUACUCAGUGGUGGAAAAAGUACUCAAUUGUCAUACUUGAGUAAAAGUAAAGAUACCUUAAUAGAAAAUGACUCAAGUAAAAGUGAAAGUCACCCAGUAAAAUACUGCUUGAGUAAAAGUCUAAAAGUAUUUGGUUUGAAAUAUACUGGUCCUCUGUAGCUCAAUUGGUAGAGCAUGGCGCUUGUAACGCCAUGCUCUAGUAGUAGUGGAUUCGAUCCCCGGGACCACCCAUACGUAAAAAUGUAUGCACACAUGACUGUAAGUCGCUUUGGAUAAAAACGUCUGCUAAAUGGCAUAUUAUUAUUAUAUUUACUUAAGUAUCAAAAGUAAAUGGAAUUGCUCAAAUGUACUCAAGUAUCAAAAGUAAAAGUAAAAGUAUAAACCAUUUCAAAUUCCUUAUAUUAAGCAAACCAGACAGAUAGCCAGGGGAACACUCCAACUCUCUGACAUAAUUUACAAACGAAGCGUUUGUGUUUAGUGAGUCCGCCAGAUCAUAGGCAGUAAGGAUGACCAGGGAUGUUCUCUGUAUAAGUGUGUGAAUUGGACCAUUUUCCUGUCAAAAUGGAACGAGUACUUUGGGGUGUCAGGGAAAAUGUAUGGAGUAAAAAGUACAUAAUUUUCUUUAGGAAUGUAGUGAAGUAAAAGUAAAAGUUGUCAAAAAUAUAAAUAGUAAAGUACAGAUACCCAAAUAAACUACUUAACUAGUACUUUAAAGUAUUUUUACUUAAGUACUUUACACCACUGUAAAUACUCUGAUCUUGUAGAUUAUUUAGGGUUAGGAAAGUAUUUAGGAAUCAUAAAAAACAGGUUUGGAGAGAAAGAAAAAUGUUUGAUUAAUUCUGAAAAUUGCCACAUUCAGUUCUUUAACGCAUGGUAAUGUUGGAAGAUUAGAGUACAGGGAGGGAAAUAAGUAUUUGAUCCCUCUGCAAAACAUGACUUAGUACUUGGUGGCAAAACCCUUGUUGGCAAUCACAGAGGUCAGACGUUUCUUGUAGCUGGCCACCAGGUUUGCACACAUCUCAGGAGGGAUUUUGUCCCACUCCUCUUUGCAGAUCUUCUCCAAGUCAUUAAGGUUUCGAGGCUGACGUUUGGCAACUCGAACCUUCAGCUCCCUCCACAGAUAUUCUAUGGGAUUAAGGUUUGGAGACUGGCUAGGCCACUCCAGGACCUUAAUGUGCUUCUUCUUGAGCCACUCCUUUGUUGCCUUGGCCGUGUGUUUUGGGUCAUUGUCAUGCUGGAAUACCCAUCCAUGACCCAUUUUCAAUGCCCUGGCUGAGGGAAGGAGGUUCUCACCCAAGAUUUGAUGGUACAUGGCCCCGUCCAUCGUCCCUUUCAUGCGGUGAAGUUGUCCUGUCCCCUUAGCAGAAAAACACCCCCAAAGCAUAAUGUUUCCACCUCCAUGUUUGACGGUGGGGAUGGUGUUCUUGGGGUCAUAGGCAGCAUUCCUCCUCCUCCAAACACGGCGAGUUGAGUUGAUGCCAAAGAGCUCGAUUUUGGUCUCAUCUGACCACAACACUUUCACCUAGUUCUCCUCUGAAUCAUUCAGAUGUUUAUUGGCAAACUUCAGACGGGCCUGUAUAUGUGCUUUCUUGAGCAGGGGGACCUUGCGGGCGCUGCAGGAUUUCAGUCCUUCACGGCGUAGUGUGUUACCAAUUGUUUUCUUGGUGACUAUGGUCCCAGCUGCCUUGAGAUCAUUGACAAGAUCCUCCUGUGUAGUUCUGGGCUGAUUCCUCACCGUUCUCAUGAUCAUUGCAACUCCACGAGGUGAGAUCUUGCAUGGAGCCCCAGGCCGAGGGACAUUGACAGGUCUUUUGUGUUUCUUCCAUUUGCGAAUAAUCGCACCAACUGUUGUCACCUUCUCACCAAGCUGCUUGGCGAUGGUCUUGUAGCCCAUUCCAGCCUUGUGUAGGUCUACAAUCUUGUCCCUGACAUCCUUGGAGAGCUCUUUGGUCUUGGCCAUGGUGGAGAGUUUGGAAUCUGAUUGAUUGAUUGCUUCUGUGGACUGGUGUCAUUUAUACAGGUAACAAACUGAGAUUAGGAGCACUCCCUUUAAGAGUGUGCUCCUAAUCUCAGCUCGAUACCUGUAUAAAAGACACCUGGGAGCCAGAAAUCUUUCUGAAUGAGAGGGGGUCAAAUACUUAUUUCCCUCAUUAAAAUACAAAUCAAUUUAUAACAUCUUUUUUUUUUUGUUAUUCUGUCUCUCACUGUUCAAGUAAACUUACCAUUAAAAUUAUAGACUGAUCAUUUCUUUGUCAGUGGGCAAACGUACAAAAUCAGCAGGGGAUCAAAUACUUUUUUUCCCUCACUGUACAUAUAAUUAUAAUAGAGAGAAUAGUACCCUUGUCUAUUGCCUGUACUAACCAAGGAAAUGUGUGAUGACACAGCCAAGUAUUGCCCCAUAAGUCAAACUGUUACUGCUUGUCUGUGCUCCGCUCCAUAACGAGUUAAUUAGCUUACACGUCUUUUUUAAAAGAAAUACACUACUGGUCAAAAGUUUUAGAACACCUACUCAUUCAAGGGUUUUUCUUUAUUUUAAAAAUGUUCUACAUUGUAGAAUAAUAGUGAAGACAUCAAAACUAUGAAAUAACACAUAUGGAAUCAUGUAGUAAUCAAAAAAGUGUUAAACAAAUCAAAAUAUAUUUUAUAUUUAUGAUUCUUCAAAGUAGCCACCAUUUGCCUUGAAGACAGCUUUGCACACUCUUGGCAUUCUCUCAACCAGCUUCACCUGGAAUGCUUUUCCAACAGUCUUGAAGGAUUUCCCACAUAUUCUGAGCACUUCUUGGCUGCUUUUCCUUCACUCUGCGGUACAACUCAUCCCAAACCAUCUCAAUUUGGUUGAGGUGGGGGGAUUGUGGAGGCCAGGUCAUCUGAUGCAGCACUCCAUCACUUUCCUUCUUGGUAAAAUAGCCCUUACACAGCUGAUAGUGGCUAAUAUUUAACAUGAUAGAAAUAGGAAACAGAGAAAGUCUUGGUAACCUAUAAUUAAGACAUUCAAGAGUGCUAUGUAAGGGCUAUUUUACCAACAGGGAGAGUGAUGGAGUGCUGCAUCAGAUGACCUGGCCUCCACAAUCCCCCGACCUCAACCAAAUUGAGAUGGUUUGGGAUGAGUUGGACCGCAGUGAAGGAAAAGCAACCAACAAGUAGUCAGAAUAUAUGGGAACUCCUUCAAGACUGUUGGAAAAGCAUUCCAGGUAAAGCUGGUUGAGAGAAUGCCAAGAGUGUACAAAGCUGUCAUCAAGGCAAAGGGUGGCUACUUUGAAGAAUCUCAAAUAUAACAUAUGUUUUGAUUUUUUAACGCUUUUUGUUACUACAUGAUUCCAUAUGUGUUGUUUCAUAGUUUUGAUGUCUUCACUAUUAUUCUACAAUGUAGAAAAUAGUAAAAAAUGAAGAAAGACCCUUGAAUGAGUAGGUGUUCUAAAACCUUUGACCGGUAGUGUAUAUAUUAUCAACUGUUACUAAUGAUCCUCAGCAACAACCACAUGGUCGUGAUGGCGUUUACACAGGAAGCAAAUGAAGGUGAACAAGAUAAUGUCAUUAAAUGGAAUGAUAAUGUAGGCUAUACCAACUGAAGGGAACUAACAGUACAUUGGCAGUGUAACGUACAAUAUGUGUUAUUGGGCCUACUGACGGUCCAUACUGAUAGUGGGUAAUAUUUAACAUGAUAGAAAUAGGAAACAGAGAAAGUCGUGGUAGUCUAUAAUUAAGACAUUCAAGAGUGCCCAUCCCUGCAAGUUAAAAGGCUGUACAAUUUAAAUUCUGCAUAAUGCCACAGCAUUUCAUAAACUUUACUGUGGGAAAGUUGAUAUGUUGAUUUUACCUAGCUCUUAUCAAUAGCUCUGAUCAAGUUGUAAAUUAAUUUACCUAGUUCUUGUAAAUGUACAACUUGAUCAGAGCUAUUGAUAAGAGUUUGGUAAAUGAGUUUACAACUUGAUCAGCGCUAUUGAUAAGAGUUAGGUAAAUGAGUUUACAACUUGAUCAUAGCUAUUGAUAAGAGUUAGGUAAAUGAGUUUAUAACUUGAUCAGAGCUAUUGAUAAGAGCUAGGUAAAUGAGUUUACAACUUGAUCAGAGCUAUUGAUAAGAGCUAGGUAAAUGAGUUUACAACUUGAUCAGAGCUAUUGAUAAGAGUUAGGUAAAUGAGUAAUCCGUUUGGAUAAGGGAAUUGUAAAUAUAAAUGACACUUGUUUUAGAUCUAUUUUACCUUAUCAUCGCUGGAGAUGAAUGUGAAACCAGUCAUACGGCAGCAAACUGAAGCAUAUCAACAUAUCAACUUUCCCACAGUAAAGUUUAUGAAAUGCUGUGGCAUUAUGCAGAAUUUAAAUUGUACGGCAUGAAGAAUGGUGUUAUUUGUAUCGGGAAAAAUAAAGUAGAUGCUUUUUCCACUUGGAACUGGUAGGUUCGCUAGACCUUAAUCAUGGUUUCAUCGCACGUAAAGGUGGUGAAAUUAUUAGGGAAUUAAGUCAAGGUCAGAAUACGGCUUAUCUGUAGACACAACUCCGCCACACCUUCAUUUAUUCGAUCUCCACCCAAAACGAAUAGCAGGUGAAUAUUCACUCUAUUCUCAUGCUUAAAUUCAAGGUCAGAAUACACAUAGAGAGAACAGUGUAUAGAAAGGGAUUGACGUUCCAUUCACGCACACUUAACUCGGGUUGGAAUCGGGCCCUUUCUGUAAAAGACAAUAGGUAUAAUUAAAUUGAGGGUUCAUAUAAAUAUAAUAAUAAAACAUAUUUGGUAGCGGAAUAACAUUUGGGGAAAUCGGAUCUAGACUUUAUCGUUCUUAUUAAAGGGGGCCCUUGGGAAGAAAAGUUGGCAGCCCUGUUCCAAUACAUCUCCACAGGUAAACUCCACCUGCAUUUAUUCCCACUGGGUUUGUUACAGCAAGGCCUGAGGAGGUGUGGUAUAUGGCCAAUAUACCACGGCUUAGGGCUGUUCGUACGCACGACGCAGAGUGCCAGGAUACAGCCCUUAGCCGUGGUAUGUUGGCCAUAUACCACAAACCCCUGAUGUGCCUUAUUGCUAUUAUAUACUGGGUACAAACGUAAUUAGAACAGUAAAAAUAAAUGUUUUGUCAUACCUGUGGUAUAUGGUCUUAUAUACCACAGCUUUCAGCCAAUCAGCAUUCAGGGCCCGAACCACACAGUUUAUAACACAGUAUAGAUAAUGUCCCACAGCAGAUGUCUAUGGGAACAUUAGGUUACUCCGUUUUCAGUAGCUGUUACUCAGUUUCCAUUCAAUUCUGUUGGCCAACUUGUGAGUGUUAAAGACAUAGUUCACUCAAACUGUAUUUUGGUAUUUGUUCAUUAGUCCACUGUUAAUACAAUCCCCAAAAAAUGUCAGCAGUCAAGUUUUCGAAGAGAGCACUUUUAGUAAAAAGCAAAAACGUGAUGAUCAUUUUGUUGUUGAUUCCUUUUGAAAGGUAAAUCAUUAUUCAGUUCAGGUAAAGAAUAUGUCUUUCUGUUGUCCACAGGAAAUCAAAGGACGACACCUGGGUUAGCAACAACACUUACUGGGACCUGAGGAGGGAUCCAGGCUUUGCCCACCUGGACUGUCCUGUGUUGUGGUGA